AGUCAACCUUCCUUUCCCCAUCCUCCUUCGACCAUAUCUGUUAUACACUCUUCUUUCAUCGUCUUCCUCGAUGACUUCGGUCUCUACAUCAUCCGGUCUUGCGCCUGGUGAGGUCGACGAGCGAGCUCCUCUCCUCAACUCUUCUGCCUCUUCCCAUCAAUCCGCCUCCCGAAGGCGUCGAGGCUCCCUCGCCGCGUCUAAUUCCCGACGACCGGAAUACCUUCUGAAGGGUCUCCUAGCGCUUCUCUGUCUUUCCUUUGUCAUCCUCGUCUCUGUACUGCUCUUCCAUCCCUCCAAGUCGACGGCUCCAGAGCUCAACUCCCAUGGCCGACUUAAUCCUUCCCACCUGGCGAGAGGCAGUAGAGGAGCAGUGGCGGCCGAAAAUCCCGUCUGCUCCAAGGUCGGUCUCGACCUCCUGCGGAAAGGUGGCUCAGCGGCAGACGGCGCCGUCGGUACUGCUCUUUGCGUAGGAGUGCUCAACAUGUUCUCCUCCGGUAUUGGUGGAGGAGGAUUCGCUCUAAUCCGGGCUCCUGCCUCCAACGGAUCUGCCGAGGCUGAGCACAUCACAGUCGACUUUAGAGAGACGGCUCCGGGCGCUGCUUACGAGGAGAUGUUCCACGGGGCACCAGAAGCUGCCAAGGUCGGCGGUCUGGCCGUGGGAGUUCCUGGUGAGCUCAGGGGUCUGGAGGAGAUCUGGAGACGGUGGGGCAGGCUGGAAUGGAGCGAGGUGGUGAUGCCCAGUGUCAAGCUGGCAGAGGAGGCCAAGGUGGGCCGAGAGCUGGCGAGACGGCUCAAGUGGCUCGGGUCUUUCAUCCCUGAGAAGCCUGAGUGGGAGGAGGUCUUCAUGGACCCCACCACUGGCAGGUUUCUGGAAGUAGGCGACACCAUCCGACGCACUGCAUACGCCGAGACGUUGAGGCAAGUCGCUCGGCAUGGUAGCGAUGUCUUCUACGAAGGCCCGAUUGCCGAAGCGAUGGUCGCCAAGGUACAGAAAGCUGGCGGUAUCCUCACAUUGCAGGAUCUGAAGGACUACAAGGUCGAGAUCCGCAAUGCUCUUCAGGGAGUCUGGACUGGCGGUCAGAAAGCCUGGACUACACCUGCUCCGACCUCUGGCGCUAUUCUCCUGCAGAUGAUGAAUGUCCUGCGCAUGCUCGGGUACGAGAGGCACGCAGACGAAUAUCACGGUCCCCAUCACGGCAAGAAGUCACCUAUCGAGACGCAGAUCGAAAUUGAGUCACUCUGGACUCACCGCUUGAUCGAAGUGAUGAAGCACGGCUUCGCAUCUCGUACCCGCUUGGGCGAUCCGGCUUUCCUCAACGUCUCUUCUCUUCUGGAAAUCUCCAAGAUUCCUACACUGGCUACCGCCAAGUCGCUCUUGUCCAUGAUUGACGAUUCCCACACACAUCCUCUAGAGUAUUACAACCCACUCUUUGACAUUGAGGAAGACCACGGUACCAUGCAUCUCAGCGUGGUGGAUGAGGACGGCAUGUGCGUCGGCAUCACCAGCACAGUCAAUCUCAUCUUUGGCUCACAGGAGAUGGAUCGCGAGACGGGUGUCAUCUUCAACGACGAGAUGGACGAUUCAUCCACUCCCGGCACACCCAAUGCAUUCGGUCUUCGUCCCUCGCCUUUCAACUACCCUCAACCGCACAAGCGGCCCCUCUCGAGUAUCACGCCACUGAUCCUCGAGGACGCUCAAGGCCACUUUGAGGUCCUCCUCGGCGGCGCAGGUGGUUCGCGGAUCCCUACCUCCGUCCUACAAGUGCUCCUCAAUAUGGAGCGCGGUCAGAACCUGAGCGAAGCAAUUGAGGCUCCCCGGAUUCACCACCAACUCCUCCCUGCCGAAGUAGGCGUGGAGACGACCAUCUUCGAUCACGAUGACGCGGUGCUGAUGGGUGUGCGGGACGUGCUGAGGGCAAAAGGACACAAGCUCUCCGAGACUGAUGUCAAUCUCGGGUUCGCAGUGGUGCAGGGAGUGCAGAAGAUUUUAGAUUCGCGAGGGGAGGUGUUGGAGGUCAGAGGGGCGAGUGACUCGAGAAAGAAUGGAUGGGCAGAGGCGUACUGAUGCAUGCUUCGUCUAGCUUUCGAUGCUCCCUUUGCAAUGGUAGACCUGCAAGUGAACGGACUCUCUAUUAUCUCAAUUUUAAGCGAUUGUUUUCGUAAUUGCACACACACACACAAACAUUGUAACGAAGAUGCACGGAGUAUAU